AUGAGCAAGAAUAACAAUAGCUGUAGAAAACUUAACAGCAAUAUUGCAAGGUCUACCUCCCUAGAUAAUUUGAAUUACAAAAAGAUAGCUGUGUCGCCACCUAAAUUUCGAGAUGAUACCGUUACAGCUGAUAGUUUAAAUGGUGGUACUUCAAAGAUAGAUACGAAACAAUGGGAUAAUCCUUUGCUACGUGAUUUGGAUAACAUACUAAGAAAUAAACUGAAGAUAAAUCCAGAGAGUCCUGUAAUUAGUAGAAAUAAUUCAUUGAAAAAUUUAAGAUCUGUAAGUGACCCUAAAAAACACGCAUUUAUGAAAGAAUUGGGUCUUGAUGGUGAUAUUACCACAGUAAAUCAAGUACCAUUUGGCCCAAGAGAUGGAUCAGAUGAUUCUUCGAGUAGUGACUCUUCUGAUGAAGAAACAGGAAUUGAAGAUGACGAUGAGGAGGAAUUUGUAAAUGUUGAUGAAAUUGAUGGUCCUAUUGGAAAUCACCUACCUGACAAAAGAGCUAAUAUCGAUAUGAACAAAGGUGACAAUAUUGAUUAUAAUCUUUCUGCUAACCAAGAUUUUCAAAAGAGUAUAGACAAAAGAGUUGCAGAGUUAGAUAGUGGAUUAUCUGCAGAAAAACAACCUCAAUUGAAGAUUGAUUGGGAAUUUAAAACCAAUUACGGAUUGGAACAUGAACUUGGUGAUUGGUUCUCAAUAGCAGAUUAUAAUCACCUACCUUCACUUAUUUCUAGUUUUAAGAAGUAUGUUAAUAAUAAGGACAAAUUUAUUAUGGACGAUGAUUAUGCUGAAUCUAUCAUAAAAACAUUAACUGAUGAUCUAUCAGUAGAUUUGCAAUCAAAUCUAUUAACGUUAUGUUACAUUUCACUUGGAAAUUUCCAACAAUCCAAUUCCAAGGACGACCAAGUUAGUUUAAUACGACGUAAUAAUACCAUAAUGUUUGAUUAUCUAAAAGAAAUUAUAAACGCAUUUAAAGAUGUUGCAACAUUAUGUCGUGAUGAGAAUAAAAACUUAAAAAAAAAUACUACACUAUUGUUUUAUGCAUGCAAUAUUUUAUUCACACUGAUUAAUGUCGCUGUUGAGACAAGAGAAGAAAAUUAUGUUGCUGUAAGUAAAUUAAUCCAAAUAUUUGAAGAUGAGAAGCUAUUACAAUAUUUGACUCAAUACAUAGAACAUUGGCGUUGGAAUAGUCGUUUAUCCAUGAGAAUAAGAAAUAUUAUUUCAUUAUUAUUUAGUUUGUUAUUAUUACAAUUUGGAAAUAUUGACACUUAUAAGAAAACGAAGAAAAGUUUAUACAAGUAUCAUGGUAUUGAAAGGAAAGAAAAAUCAUAUCAGACUCUAUCAGUUUCGCCUCUGCAUUUUCAGGCAUUCCAGGAUGACAUUACAGCAAGAUUUCCAACCUUUGAUAUGAGUAAUUCUAAGUUACCCCAAUCAAUUGAUAAUACAAAUUCCUUAUCUCAGUUCCUCGAAAUACCCAGAUCAAAGGCGAAGAGUUCUUUGAAUUCCACUCUUCCUGCACCUGGUAAACAUCUGGCAACUCCUGCACCUUCGCCACCUAUGUCACCAAUCUUAAUUCCAUAUAAUGAUGGAAUAAAAACAAGGAAAUCCUUUCAGACAAAUAUGGCAUACCCGUAUUUAUAUCCUAGUGAUGAAGAAAAUGACAAUGAAUUAUCUAUCAAGAUAUCAAAUGGUAUGCAAUCUAAAAAUGGAAGAGAUGGAGACGUUUUUAUACCACAUAGUGUCGAAGAAGCUGCUGAAAUCUUAAAAAAGAACUUGGAUAUAAAAUUGAGCAUUAUGCAAUUAUGGAACGAAAGAGAUUUCUUUAUGGCUACUGAGCGUGGUUGGGAACGAGACGAUAUUUCAAAAAAAUAUGAUUACUCUAGGCUUUUAAACCUUGAUAGUUUAGAGGAAAUUAAUAUAAUGAAAAGGAUUGAUACGUAUUAUAAGGACAGUUUUGCCAGUUUUAAUUCUCUCAUAUUCGUAUUAUGCCAAAUUAUGGAAUCUAAUUUGAAUAAUGUAGAAUACAGAGAGGAAGAUCUUCCUGAAGGAGUGACAAUGGAGACCAUGAUGUCCCAGUUAGAAAUAGUAAAAGCAAAAGAAUUAUCCUUAAGAUCUUCAGUAGGAAUUUUUUAUAUACUUUUGAAAUGGUUUAAGCUAAAUCAUAUUUUGAAGUUCGAACAAUUUUCUGCCCUCUUGUAUGACUCUGGUUAUAUUAAUACGUGUUCCGCAGUUUUAGGCAAAUACUCUUUGGUUUAUGCCGAUAAAGCAUAUAAUAAGACUCUGAAAUCUCCAAAUACUUUAUGGAAUUUGUGCUCCAAGUUUAAUCCAAUAUACUCAAAAUCAUUACUCGAACAAGAGCCAGAAAAAAAAGAUAUCAAUAUAACAUUAUUGACUACAGUAACAUAUAUAUUAAGGGUAUUAAGAAAAGUUACUGGUGAUAAGACACAUCGUUUGAAAUCUUUACCACUUUCUGUCGGGACAUUGUUUAAACAAUAUUAUUCUGUUUUUAAUUUGGAUGUUUAUCAUCCAAUGCUCCGUAUAAUUAGAGAACUUACUCCAUUUAAAAACAAGAGAUGGAAGUCGGAACAUAUGGAUUUGAUAUCAGGCGUGUUUCUUUAUGAGAGGUUGGAGUUAAUUGAUAACUGGGUUACUGGUAAAGAUAUAUCCGGUGAAUUGAUGGAUGCAUAUGGACAAGAGGUGGCCCUUAGGGCAUUGGUUCAGUUCUAUAAUUUUGAACAUUACCAAAAGUCGUUAGAGGAAUUAGGAUAUAUGAAACGAACGGUAUCACAUUCAAAUUUACUAUACAAGGAUUCGGAAUAUAAUGAUAUGUAA